UCUUGCCCUCCAUUUUCAAUAGAAAUAGAAUAUAAUAAAAUCUCCCCAAAAAUAAUUGAAUGUGUGUAUAGCUCGAGGGCUUGUGCACGUCUGUAAUGAAUGAAACUGUUCGUUUUGUUUUAGUUGUCCUGGAGACUGGUGUCGGGAGCCAAUCGGAGGCGCUCUGACCUCUGCUCAUGAAUAUUAACAGAGCAGGAUGUGAGUAGGUCGCGCGGCAAUGAUCGCAGUGCGCAUGCGCGCUCUUCUGCCUCCAACAACAAGAAGCAGGAGCCAGGCAACAUGGCCGACCUGGGGAAAAAGUACUGCGUUAACUGCCUUGCAGAUGUUACAAACCUGCGGCUUCGCUGCACUGACUGUCCCGAUAUCGAGCUGUGCCCGGAGUGCUUCUCGGCGGGCGCAGAAAUCGGUAAUCAUCGGAGAUGGCAUGGCUACCAGCAGGUCGACGGCGGUCGGUUCUCUCUCUGGGGUCCCGAGGCAGAGGGAGGAUGGACCAGCAGGGAAGAGCAGUCGCUCCUCGAUGCUAUCGAGCAGUAUGGGUUUGGAAACUGGGAGGACAUGGCAGCUCACGUCGGAGCAUCACGAACUCCUCAGGAAGUCAUGGAACACUAUGUCACCAUGUACAUCCACGGAAACCUAGGUAAGGCCUGCAUCCCUGAGAACAUUCCCAACCGGGUGACGGACCACACCUGUCCCAGCGGGGGGCCGCUGUCGCCUAGCCUUACCACUCCUCUCCCGCCGCUGGAUAUCAACCUUGCAGACCAGCAGCAGCUGGGCUACAUGCCACUACGUGACGACUAUGAGAUUGAAUAUGACCAGGACGCAGAGAAGCUCAUUAGCGGGCUGUCUGUGAACUACGACGACGAGGAUGUGGAAAUUGAAAUGAAACGUGCACAUGUGGAUAUGUAUGUGCGCAAGCUUAGAGAACGCCAACGACGUAAGAACAUCGCAAGAGACUACAACCUGGUGCCUGCGUUCCUGGGCAGAGACAAGAAGGACAAGGAGAAACCAGGAGUGCUGGGAGUCAUAGGUACUGCUGUUGGGGUAGGGGGGGUAGCAGUUGGCAGUGGCACAAUUGGAUCAGGUUCCACAACGGCAGUAGGAUCAGGCCCUGUUUCCAGUACGCCCAAAAGAAAGAUCCCAAAGGAAGAGAAGGAGCAGCGGGUCAGACUGCGGGGGCUCUGUCAGUUCAUGGCUAAUCGGGAAUUUGAAGACUUCUUUGAGAAUAUGCAUAAAGAACGUGUGCUAAGAGCAAAGGUGCGUGAGCUGCAGCGCUACCGGCGCAAUGGCAUCGCCCGCCUGGAAGAGUCUGCUGAAUAUGAAGCAGCGCGCCACAAACGGGAGAAACGCAAGGAAAACAAAAGCAUGGUCAUCUCCAAACGGGGAAGCGGAGGAGGGGGCGGGCUUGGCUCUGGGAUUGGACUUGGGGGAGGAGCUGGAGGGGGAGGCGGCAUAGCUGGAGGGUUGGGGGUUGGUUGUGGGAUUAAGGAAGAAGGCAAAGAUGGUGAAUUUGCCGCCAUCGAGAAUCUGACAGGCUUCGAGCUGCUGUCAGACAGGGAGAAGGUGCUUUGUAACUCUCUGAACCUCAAUCCAGCACGUUACCUGACUGUCAAAACCAUCAUCAUCAAAGAUCACCUGCAGAAAAGGCAAGGUAUCCCGGCCAAGAGCCGGCUGCCCAGCUACUUGGACAAGGUCCUCAAGAAGCGUAUUCUCACCUUUUUAACAGAAAGUGGCUGGAUAUCCAGAGAUGCCUCUUAGCGAUCCAUCUUUGGUCAGGAAAUAAUACGUUUAUGAUUCGCUAAAAGCUCUGUAGGCAACUACUGGCAUUUUUCAGAGGUGACAUUGUGGAUAUGUACAUUACAAAGAAAGAAGAUGCCCCACUGGAGAAAAACAAAUAUAUAUUUUCAUACGAGGGCUAAAAAGAAAAUAAGCCUCUAUUUUUAGAUUUGGUAAGGGGCUGAAAAACAACACUUUGGGUUUAAAGUAUUUUGUGUCCACAUUUUUACUACAUGAAUGAAAACUACAAAGCUAACAAGUAUAACAUAGCUCCAGAGAUGUUGAAAUGCUGUUGCAAGAGGAUGAUUGUUAGAUUUAAAAUCCAAAAAUCGACAUGGAAAAGUUUGAGUCAUAAUUGUUGGGUGAAUAAUCACUAUUUUUGGUGGUAGAUGUUUUUCAGGAUUUGCCUCAAAAUAAAUUAAGUUAACUUUGUUAGUAGGUAAGGCAGGACUUCCUAACUAGAGCUGCCGUUUACAUCUUAUAAAAUGUUAUGGCCUUCAUUUUCUAGAUUUUUUUCAUGCAACUUCAGCAAACAAUCAAUCUUCUGAAUGUUCUUCUUCUCACUGACUAAUUGGGAAAGGAAAAGAAGCAGCAGGGUUGAACAGUCAUCAUGUUUCUUUUUGGCUGAGCACUUUCUUCUGCCUGAAGGCAAUCACAAUGUAGGUUGACAUCGAGCUAGAUGGAUAGAUCUGAUGAUAUAUCAGUAGUGGCCCAUUCGUCAGCCAAUGAGCAACAAGAAAUAAAUGCCAAAGAUCAUUUAGAGUACAUUGCACAAUCUGUCAACCAGAGAGAACAGGCGUCAAAAUGCUGUCAGGCUUUAAUUUUUAUUAAUUGAUGUCAGUGUUUCACCUGAAAUUACUAUGGAGGAAGACCUUUUUUCUUUUCUUUUUUUUGGCCAAUCAAAAACUUUACUUUUACAGAAAUGAGUGCAGCUUAGCACAGCUUUAAAUCUUCUACUGUCAACAUAAUAUAAUACAGGCAGCUUAACGUGAAAGGGCAUUUUACAAUGAUACUAAAAUGCCUAAUUAGAAUUUAGUUAAGCAAGUGUUAAGGCAAGGCAAUUUAAUAGUACACAUCUUUAUAUUUUUCAACUAGCAGGAACUGCAGUAUGCCUCAAGUUAAUUUCAAAAGGUCCUUACAUCAAAAUCACCUAAGCCCUGUGGACGACAGCAUCACAUUCCCAGGUGGUAACUGUCUUUUUUAGGGGAAAUGCUAUUCAUGAGUAGCAUUAGUUCUUAGCUGUAUACAUUGCAGCAAAAGUAGCUUUGCUUUUUUUGUGGUGUUUAAAAAGUAAAUGCUCCCUCUUCACUGUAGAACUUGAGUCGAGGGUGUUAAUAUUCUGUUAUGGUCAACAGUCAUGCUUUGUCAUAUUUCAUCAAUGUUGUGCUCCACACCAUGUACCAUUUUAAUCAACGUAAGGUUGUAUUUCAGAGAUAAAUCUGGUGAUAUUUUAUAUUUCUCUUAUUAUAUAUCCUGUUUGCCAAUAUGUUCAAUAUGAAGCACAUCUAUGACCCACGCUGUUGAACUGGGUGGUGUGUUUCUUCAUUACCGUGAACACACACACUGUCAUUUUGACUCAAUCCCACAUACAUUAACACUCGCUAGACUACUAAAUGGCUGAUAAUACGCCAGACAAGUGCAUUUCUUCCCAUUUGAGUCAUUUCCUAAAAACUAUGCCACCAAACCUUUUUUUAAGGAGUAAACAUUUAUAUAUAAUAAUGAACAAUUAAUCUGCAAGAGACAAUAGGACAAUGGAAAGUAUUAAGAGGCAGACUAAGUUUUGUGUUUUCAUUGAAUUUGAUUAAAUAACUAGAAUACUUUAUAUUGUAAGCCUUACUUUGUAUUGUUAAGUAACACAUCAUCAGGUGAUUAUGCAUGUGUUUUGUUGCAUAACUCUGGGUCUUAGUAGUUGACAAUUUUGAGAAAUGCUUAUAAUACGAAAAUCCAUAUUUCCAACAUAAUUUGUAUAUAACAUAUAAUGAAUCUAAUUUACAUUCAUAUUUUUCUGUUCCCAUUGCGUUGCAUAUUAACCCAUGGCUAACAUUUCGGACUGGAGUUUGAUGUAUUAGUCAACUGUUUAGGUUUAUUGAAGAUGCUGAUUGUACAACAGGCAAGACUUGUUGUGUUGAAGCUGAGGGGAAUGUGUGACUAUAAUGGCAUUGUUAAAAAACAAUUAAAAAAGUUCAGGUCAGAUGUCAGCUCCAAGUGCCAAAAUGUCAUCUGAACCACAGAUAAAAAAAAGGCUACAUUUCAGCCUAUACACCAAACUCCAAUCCUGUAGAAUUGAUGCUUCUCAUUUGUAUGAAUAUUAGUUAUCUUCAGAUUUUGACAGUAAAUCUUUCUGCAUGUGCACCCAAAUGUUCAAAAAGGUCCUAAAAUAGUGGCAAUUAUAUUUUUCCAAUGGGUUAAUAGUUUUUGUAAGGGGGAUUUUGCAUUAUUUUUACAUUUGUAAUAUAAAUUGGGAAACAAAUAUAAUUACCCACAUGUGAAAUGUACAGUAUUUUGUGUCAUGGUAAUGUUCAUAGAUUUGUAAUAAAGUAAAAAUAAUUUUUGAUUAGA